AUGGGUAUGGGUUUGGGUCGUUCACGGUCACCUUCUCAGCCUAAGAAACAGACGUACAAUAACUUCGGCACACGUGCUUUCAACGCAAGCAUGGAUUCAGACUCCGGUGCCUGCCACAUGGCUUCGCAGUUCCUCCAGAUAUUCAAGGAAUCAGGCCUUCAAAGGCAGCUGGAGGACGGCUGGGGGCAGAGCUAUACAGGUGGCAGUGCUCCAGGCUCUGCAUCAGCACACAGUGAAGAUGUCAACCAAGGCUGUCAGUUUAACCCAAAGUCUUUGAGAAGUUCCAAAACGCCUUCCCCGCCAAGUUCCCGGAAGCAUCGGGAGGAGGGGGAUCCUAGGAGCCGCAAGUCCAAGAGAUCCAGGAACAGCGAUGUCAAGGAGGAAAACGAAGAGGAAGACGACAUAGAGGUAAUCCCGGUCGUUCAGCAAGGAUCAGGCAGGCCGUACUCCCCGGUCCAUGAUUGUCAACCGACAAAACCUAGAGAGGAUCGUGCCACCUCCGGUUAUCAGCUGAACAGGGACAGUUAUGGAGGCCGCGAGUACCUGAGCGAUCUGGAUACGGAGUUGGACGCUCUCAGGAAGCACCUGCUCCAGCGUGCCAACCCUCCCAGGUCGUAUCCUUAG